AUGGCCGUGGACGAAGUCCAGUUCCUGAAUAUCCUCAAGGGAAAACGCGUCAAACUGACCCUGAAGACCUCGUCGUACUUUGGCGUCAUCCAACGUAUCAACCUUAACAAAACGCUGAUUUUGACGGACGUUGUUUGUGGCCACAAUGGAUUCAAAUGUCCGGGUUCAAAAAUGUUCUUUGGCCAUGAAGUUAUACAUGUGGAAUUUGCCAAUGAAGCAGACACUGGCAGUGGAAAUAUUCACGACCACGGACUUGAAGAGCAUUUGGAUGUGGAAAAGUUUCAGGCCUACAGGAAGACAAUCGCAUUGGAUGAAGACGCACAGGAACAGGAGUAUUUCAACUAUGUCGUCAUCGAUGAGUUUCAUGAGAAGUUUGUGUCUGCUGUGAUGCACAUCAAGAAGCAGAGUGUGAUCAGUGUGGGAGCUGAUGGAGUCGAGGUAUUUAAGUAUGGGAGGCUGUGUUGGCUGCAGAUUGCCACUAAACACAAGGUUUACCUGUUUGAUAUCCUGUUACUUGGCGCUCGGGCCUUUAAGAACGGUCUUUCCAUGAUCCUGGAAAAUAAGCGCAUACUGAAGGUCAUACAUGACUGCAGAGCCAUUGCUGGAUGUCUGAUUGCUCAGUUUGGAGUAAAGCUUACCAACGUCUUUGAUACGCAGAUUGCAGAUGUCAUGUGCUUCUACUCUAAGACAGGAGGUCUUCUCCCGGAUAGAGUCAGUACUCUGCAGGAGGUGGUUAGUUUCCAUCUAAAGGUGCCCUCCUCUCAACUCUUAUCCCUUCAGAUGAAGUCACAGCUCACCAAGGAAGAAAGGGAGAUGUGGUUCAAGCGGCCCUGUCCUAUACCCCUGCUUAAGCUGAUGGCUCUGUCAGCGAUCCACCUUCAGCCUCUCAGACUGGUGCUGCUGGAUACUCUUAUGAUGGACUACAUGGCCCUGGUGGAUUCAUACCUCAACAGCGGCUUCUAUGAACCCGAUGAAUUACAGCAUGUCAACAUGGAGAGUGUGUUGGAGUUGCCCAGAGAGCUCAGGCAGCUGGAGGUAAUGCGUCGCGAGCGGCAGGAGUGGGCUGCCGACCACUACCAUGUCACAGAACAAGGUCUGCUGGAUCGCUAUAACCUCCGGGCCCCGUCUCCCAUGCAGACUUUACCUGCAGCAGAGGUGAACGGCCAGCAACAUGCAACUGUGGAAUUGCCUUCACAAGUGGACCCUCUUCUUUUUAAGUCACCGACAAGCCCUCGAAGAGCCAACAACAUGUUGUCUGUGGAUGUCUGUGCCUCCCCUGACUCAGCAGAUCAGCCUCCAGUCCCAGGCAAUUUAUCAGACCUCGGGGAACAAAUGUCUGUCAACAGUUCCCUGUCUCUGGUCGGAGGCAGAGGGUGCACAGAGGUACUGAUGAACACAGCAGGUAGAGGAAGUCCCUUUGGAAAAGAGCAAUCGUCUAUCCCGGCCCUACGUGCCUUCGGAAGAGGCUUCCUUCUCCAAACGUCACAAGAUCAGGUCCCCAGAGAGAGCAUUGGGGAUGUAAUGGCUCCCGAUAGGAUGGGGACAGCUCCUUCUGGCCACAGCCAUGCACCUGCACAAGAAGGGAUUCCCCAGCCUGGCCCCAGUGCUAAUGACCUGCCAAAGAACGGCACGGCAGGGGACUAUUUUACAUCAACAGCUGAGUCCAUCUCAUCUUCACUCGCACAGUCAUUUAGAUCUUUCAGAUAUUAA